CUGCAGGUGAUCCUGCCCGCGCUGCUGGAGCAGGGCCACACGCGGCAGUGGCUGAAGGGGCUCGUGCGGGCCUGGACGGUUGCUGCUGGGCACUCGCUGGACCUGCACUCCUACUUGCUGGGAGACCAGGAGGAGAGUGAGAACAGUGUGAACCAGCAGGUGAACAAUAACCAGCACGCUCGCAACAACGCCCUCCCUGUGGCGGGGGAGGGCCUGCACGCCGCCCACCAGGCCAUCCUGCAGCAGGGCGGGCCCGUCGGCUUCCAGCCCUACCGCCGGCCGCUCAACUUCCCGCUCAGGAUAUUCCUGCUGAUUGUGUUCAUGUGCGUGACCUUGCUGACCGCCAGCCUCGUCUGCCUUACUCUGCCAGUAUUCGCCGGCCGCUGGCUGAUGUCCUUCUGGACAGGGACCGCCAAGAUACACGAGCUCUACACGGCAGCCUGCGGCCUCUACGUCUGCUGGCUGACCAUCAGGGCCGUGACCGUUCUGGUGGCAUGGACGCCGCAGGGGCGCAGGGUCAUCUUCCAGAAGGUCAAGGAGUGGUCCCUCAUGAUAAUGAAGACACUGGUCGUCGCGGUGCUGCUGGCAGGUGUCGUCCCUCUCCUCCUGGGGCUGCUGUUUGAGUUGGUCAUCGUCGCUCCACUGAGGGUCCCCUUGGACCAAACGCCUCUUUUUUACCCAUGGCAGUGCGGCCACGAGGAGCACGUGCUGCUGGCCGACCUGCGGCGGAAGUGGCAGAGCCUGUGCCUGCCCGUGGGGCAGCUGCGCGCGCUCCUGCGGCUGGAGCCCUGCGAGGAGAAGAUCGAGUGGACGAAGUUCCUGGCGCUGGGCUGCAGCGCGCUGGGCGGGUCUCUGAACUCGGCAAUGAAGCACCUCUGUCAGAUCCUGACAGCCGACCCUGAGGGUGGGCCCGCACGCAUCCCUUUCACGACCUUCUGCUACGUGUACCGGUACCUGGCUAGCCUGGACACAGACAUGGCCCAUGUGGACACAGAGUCCUACCUCACCACCCUGAAGGAGAGCAUAGAGUCUAGAAAGAACGGCAUGAUCGGGCUUUCCGACUUCUUCGUUGCCAAGAGGAAAAUCUGA